AAGAGUAUCCAACCUCUGCCUACAAUAAUGUCGAGUUUGCUAUGUUGUUUGUAAAAUGUUUUCUGUGAAAGAAGUAAAUGAAAAACUAAAAUCAAGUUAAAAAACGACUUAUAUAUAAUUAUUGCUCCAAUAAUAUUGUAACAGUGCUACUGUUCAGUGCAGAGUGGUAGAUCCAAACAUGAAUCCUGUAGAUGGAAAUGGUGAAAAAAGACCACCAAAAAGUGUGGUACAAACUGUAGCACAAAAUCUAACCACGAUACAGAAUAUACAGACUGUGCAGACUGUUCAAAAUGUUGCUCAAAGCAGUGUGCAAAAUAUCCAACCAACACAGACCGUUGUUGGAUCAGUGGGAACACCUACAGGAUUAGUGGGUAAAUCUGUAUCCUUGGAACUAAACUCGAAGCUGUCUUUAAUGAAAUCGUUAGCACAGCCUGGCACAACACCGUCAACAGAAACAAGCAAGAUGACAACAACGCUUUGUUCAGUUGGCUCCACGGUUAGAAUAAUAUCGCCUGGAAUGUUAAGUACGGUAGAACGUCAAAGCCAAUCGCAAGGGCAGCAGCAAGGACAGCAAUCUCAGCAGAUAGUUACAACGAUCCCAGCUACGUAUCAUGUACCUCGUGGACCAGCAGCUGUUGCAAACAUUUCAGCCCCAAGAUCAACAGUAGCUACUCCAAUUGUCCGUGCAAGUACGGGACAAUCUAUACCUAUAGCGAGACCUGGACCAAACACAACAGUAUCAAAUCCUCAAUGGCAACCUAAAACAACAUCUGUUGUAUACGCACAACCGCAAAGACAUCCAGUACCUCCGGUAAGUCGUGUAACAACAAGAGCACCAACAGCAGCAUACGCUGGACAGCAACCACGACUGGUAUCACCGACUCAAGGACGACCUGUGCAGGCCACUGUGGUCACAGGGGUUCCUGGUGCACCAUCCAGAUUGAUAACACCAGUUCUCCAAGCAAAUAAUAAUAUUGCGCGAUUAACAGUAGCGCAAAGUAAACCACCGACUCCUCAAGUAACCAGCAUAGCUCAGUUGCCUCAACAAGGAAGACCAGCAACACAGACCCUACAAGUAAAUCAACCCAGCCAAGCAAGUAGACCCUUGAGCACCACAACGACCGUCAACCGCAUAGCCGUUUCCGCGCCAGUGAUAGGAGCUGGUAAUAGGAUAUCCAGUACAGCAUCAGUAACCGUGCAGCCAGUAGGAAGGCAACUAGCAAUCAGUACGACUGGCGGAACAUCCAGCGGCAACGUGAGUCGUAUCGUGGUGCCCCAGCAGCAGGUACAGCAACAACAAGGAACACCAAGGGUAGUUCAAAGUGUCACGUCCCUUUCGAAUCUCGGUACUGUGUCGCGAGUGAUUACGACAACGGCAAAUGCAGCAAACGUAACUCGGGUAGCACAGCAGACCCCUACGUCUGUCGCAAGGAUAACGGGAAUGUCGCUCCAUCCGCUACCUCUGGCACCGAACAGGGUGACGCAGGCUGCGAUAAAGACACCCCAGGCGCAAAAUGUCCAACAGACAGUACAACUGAAGCCAUCUAUACAGCAAUCGAAUCUCAGGGUGUCCAGCACUAAUACGAACAUCGCUACGUCGGCUUCUAGUACAGCUCAAACGGUUCAAGGUCAAUACCUGCACGCACCUCAGACCACUACCUAUUACUCUUUCGAGCCCUCGGGUACCUACUCACAAUAUAGACAAACUGCUGUACAGCCGGUUCGUCUUCUAGUGGAACCAGGAUACGAGGAACCUCAUACGAAGCCUAACGCAUCUCCUAGGCCUAGUAUACUCCGAAAAAGAGAUCAUGAUAGCUCGCCUGCGAAAGGGGUCGCAAAAAAUUUGGUUCCUGUCCUGGCAUCCUUACCACCUGCUGUCUCUACCUCGAGCCCACCAUGUUCUCCAAGAGGAGACCGGGAUGGUGGUGGAUGCCAGAGUUCAGGAUCUACUACUGUCUCGGCCACAUCAUCACCAGGUCUCGACGAAGAGCCUGAUCAAUCUAGAAUCACGAUUAAUCCAACUGUGGAAAUGUCACCCAGGAAGAAACCGCGCAAGCAGCAGCUUACGGGAGUUGAGCUUACCGAAGCGAGGUGUACAGAGGAAGAAAUGCAGUUUAUCACUGAAGAAAAGAUUAAAAAAGAACUUAAGGAAGAAUUAAAGGAAAAAUGUAACGAGAAGAAACAGAUUUCAGGACAACAAGAUGCUAAUAAACAAUCGUCUAACCAACGAGUACCUGCUGCCAUUCGAACAAGACCAACUCCAUCCUUACUGGGAUCUUCGUGGAAGAACAGAUGGGGCGGCAGACUCCAUCACUAUAGACGUCCUAGCGACGUAAGACCACGCGAAGAAAGAAGGCCUUCCGUGGCAGAGUUAGCACAACAAACACAUGUUCUACAAAAAUUAAAUGGCUGGAAAGUCUAUCACCUUACCGCACAAAUGGAAGAUCUCGCUGAGCUUGAGAAACAAGUGCACGAGAAAUUAAAGAGUACACUCUCCAUGUUGGAAUCUCAACAAGGUAAUAAGGGUAGGCAAGAUGAUGGCUUGGAACGGGCUAACGAGCUCAUUAAGGGUAACAUGCAACGAAGUAGUUUAAUUAGCGAAGGAAUGAAUGAGGCCCGGACGCAAUUGAUAGCAAUAUUCCAGCAUAAGGGACACGUGACAGACAUUCUACAACGUUGUGGUAAUAAGCGGGCUCAAAAAAAAAGAGACAAAUGAGCUGAAUUAAUGAAUAAUUAAAUAUAAUUAGGGUAAUAAGGAACCUUGUUGAGAGCGAGGUUGAAAAGGUGUUAUUUUUAUCUUUGUCACAGAAUCUAUAUUAUCAUAAAUCAAUAAAUGGUUUUAUAUGUCCUAGAGGGAGAUAUCGAUCACUCAUGUACGCCAUAA